AUGGCGACCAUCGAAUCUUCCAUGGCAGACAUCCAAAAAGUCCAUAUUCUCGGCAAAGAGGCCAUCCACUGCGGCUUCCAUCUCAUCCCAUACAUUGUCGAAACCGUCCUGGGCUCCCUCCCCGCGUCCACCUAUGUCCUCGUUACAGACACAAACGUCGCAAACUUGCAUCUACACAAGUUUAGCGACCAGUUUGAUGCCCAAAUCGCAGCGAGGAGCGUCCAGGCUCGCUUCAUCUCCCAUGUCAUCCCCCCAGGAGAGACUUCAAAGUCGAGAGAGGGCAAGGCCGCGAUCGAAGACUUUCUCCUCAAAAACGCUUGCACAAGAGAUACUGUAAUCCUUGCGCUCGGUGGCGGAGUCAUCGGAGACCUCGUCGGGUUUGUGGCUGCGACUUUCAUGCGAGGAGUACGAUUCGUCCAGAUACCCACUACACUCCUCGCCAUGGUCGAUUCUAGCGUCGGGGGAAAGACGGCCAUUGAUACUCCGCACGGCAAAAACCUCAUUGGUGCUUUCUGGCAACCAGAAUACAUCUUUAUCGACGCCGCAUUUCUCGAGACCCUGCCAACGCGCGAGUUUUCCAAUGGGAUGGCAGAGGUCGUAAAGACGGCAGCGAUCUGGAACGCAGACGAGUUCGCGGCCUUGGAGUCUCGCUCCUCCGAGAUAUUCGCCGCCAUCCAGACCCCCUCUCAAUUCAACGCGGGCCGCACUUUGUCCACCCGUUCCGAGGCGCAAGCUCUCUUAUUGCAGGUCAUCGUAGGCUCCAUCUCCGUCAAAGCACAUAUCGUGACCAUUGACGAACGAGAAACUGGUCUGCGUAACCUCGUCAACUUUGGACACACGAUUGGCCAUGCCAUUGAAGCCGUCGUCACUCCUCAAAUCCUCCAUGGAGAAUGCGUCUCCAUCGGUAUGAUUCUCGAAGCAGAGAUUGCGAGACUGCUCGGAGUCCUUGGUCAAGUGGCGGUGGGUCGUCUUACCCGAUGCCUCAAAGCCUACAACCUCCCUGUAUCCGUACACGACCCUCGAAUCGCCUCUCUACCAACAUCAAAGCUACUCACCAUUGACCGCCUCUUGGACAUUAUGAAAGUCGACAAGAAGAAUGCUGGUCCCGCCAAAAAGGUCGUUCUCCUCUCGCGCAUCGGUGCAACCCACGAACCAAAAGCCACUGUCGUCCCCGACGCAGUGAUCCGCAAAGUGCUUUCCGAGGCUGUCACAGUGAUUGCUGGGACGCCUAGAAACUCCCCGGUUAGCAUGGCCACACCAGGCUCCAAGAGUAUCUCAAACAGAGCACUCGUCCUCGCUGCCCUCGCUUGUGGCACCUGCAGAUUAAAAAAUCUACUUCACUCGGACGAUACCCAAGUCAUGAUGGCCGCCCUCUUGGAUCUCAAAGGUGCUACAUUUGCCUGGGAAGACGGUGGAGACACUUUGGUGGUGAAUGGUGGCGAAGGUGCUUUGACUCCUCCACCGCCAGGCAAGGAGCUCUACCUGGGCAAUGCAGGCACGGCAGCGCGAUUCCUUACCACAGUCUGUGCGCUUGUACGCUCAGAAGAUGGGACGCAAAGUACCGUGAUCACGGGCAACGCUCGAAUGAAGCAGCGUCCUAUUGGUCCACUCGUCGACGCAUUGCUCGCCAACGGUACCGACGUAAAAUAUCAAGAAAACGAGGGCUCCCUCCCUCUCAAGAUUAAAGCCAGUACUACUGGUUUCGCUGGUGGCCAUAUUCGACUGGCAGCCAGUGUCUCGUCACAAUACGUUUCGUCCAUCCUACUCUGCGCACCAUAUGCCGCACAACCGGUCAUGCUGGAACUCACGGGCGGUCAAGUCAUUUCUCAGCCCUAUAUCGACAUGACGAUUGCCAUGAUGAAGACAUUUGGCAUCGUCGUGACGAGGAGAAAAGACGAAGAGUCUGGCAAGUUACUCGACAUUUACGACAUUCCGACGGGUAUAUACGUCAACCCUCCCGAAUAUGUAAUCGAAAGUGAUGCUAGUUCGGCAACGUACCCACUCGCUAUUGCUGCCAUCACCGGAACGACAUGCACACUCACCAAUAUUGGCUCGAGCUCCCUUCAGGGUGACGCAGGAUUCGCAAAGGCCGUACUGGAGCCAAUGGGAUGUACUGUCGAGCAGACGGAAACGUCGACGACGGUCACUGGUCCGCCUGUGGGCUCGCUACAGGCGAUUGGGCUGGUGGACAUGGAGCCAAUGACGGAUGCGUUUCUCACUGCGUCUGUCUUGGCUGCCGUCGCGUGCAAGCCGGUUUCAAAGGAACGCGAGCUCCCAGACGCGCCGUCUAAUACGACGAGGAUCUUGGGUAUCGCAAAUCAGAGGGUCAAGGAGUGUAAUCGUAUUCGGGCGAUGAUUGACCAGUUGGCCAAGUUUGGAGUACAGACCAAGGAGCUGGACGAUGGUCUUGAAGUAUAUGGAUUGGAGCCAUCUGCCUUGAAGAAUGGGGCAUCGAUUCAUUGCUACGACGAUCACAGAGUAGCCAUGGCGUUUAGUGUCCUUGGCUCACUGAUCAACGGGACCAUCAUCGAGGAAAAGAGAUGUGUCGAGAAGACGUGGCCGAAUUGGUGGGAUGACUUGGAGAACAAGAUUGGGUUGAGUGUCGACGGGGUCGAGUUGUCCUCGCAGCCAGAUGCAUCAACAAGUGGUGCCGGUCGCGAUCCCGAAGCCUCUGUCUUGCUCUUCGGCAUGCGUGGCUCAGGCAAGACGUACCUGGGUCAAAUUGCUGCAUCCGAGCUCGGAUGGGAGUACGUCGACGCAGAUCAAUACCUAGAAACUGUCUACAAGAUGACAUGCAAAGACUUUGUCGUGACACAUGGCUGGGACGAAUUCCGCGCGACGGAGACGAGGCUAUUGCCCGAGAUCAUCAGUCUCAAACCUACCAGAACUAUCAUUAGCCUGGGAGGCGGGAUUGUAGAGACAGAGGCUGCGAGGGACAUCUUGAAGGAGUACGCAAAGACUAAAGGGCCAGUCGUCCACAUCUCGCGCGACAUACGCCAGAUUGUCGAAUAUCUCACCAACGAGACAGAGCGGCCAGCCUACUCGCAAGAAAUCGAAGAAGUCUUCGCUCGUAGAAAGCCUUGGUUUGAAGAGUGCUGUAGCCAUCGGUUCGUGAGUAUUGUCGAACCAACAGCUUCGUCUUCCGACGAGUCAUUACGACAAAUUCAGCGUACAAGUCGAGAGGUGGGGACCUUCUUCAGGCAUAUCACUGGAGUGUCACCCAACCUUUCGCCAAAAGUCAACCUUGGCCAACGGUCCUACUUCCUUUCCCUCACAUUCCCGGACAUUGUCGCGCAAAAGGAUUUGCUCGAUGAGAAUCGAAGCGAUAUCCUGACUGGCAUAGACGCGGUGGAGCUUCGCGUCGACUUAUUGUCUCCACACGGCGCGGCCAAGCAGCCAAACGUACCUCCAAGGGAAUAUGUGAUUCAACAGCUUGCUCAGCUCAAGCAUAUCACAAACCUUCCGGUCGUCUAUACUGUCCGGACUAUCGCGCAAGGCGGGGCAUUCCCGGACAAGGCUCACGAGGAACUUUUUGCGCUCUUGGAGCUCGGAAUCCAGAUGGGCACGGAAUACAUCGACGUUGAGACGACGUUGCCGCAUUCGAAGAUUCGGAAACUCGCGGCACGCAAGGGCGCGUCCAAGCUCAUAGCGUCUUACCAUGAUUGGAGCGGAAAUUUACGGUGGUUCGGAACCGAGAUAGAGGCCAUCCACACGACCGCGUCGUCGCUUGGGGAUAUUGUCAAGAUCGUGGGCAAGGCGAACAGUCUCGAGGAGAACAUGGAGCUGCGGAGUUUUACGAAGAGUGUGAAGAAGGCGAAUCAGAGCAAACCGAUCAUUGCUAUCAACCUAGGCGAACAGGGCCAACUCUCUCGCAUUCUCAACGAGACGUUUACCCCUGUCACACAUUCCCAGUUGCCUGUAGCCGCGGCACCCGGGCAGCUGUCAUUUUCUCAAAUCCAGAGCGGUCUCCACCUACUUGGCCAAUUGCCGGCCAAGCGGUUCUACUUGUUUGGAAAUCCAAUCUCCAAAUCUCCUUCUCCCACACUCCAUAACUCUGGAUUCCAUGUACUCGGACUUCCGCAUCACUACGAACUGCACCAGACGGAGACCGUGGACGAGUCCGUGCGCUCGAUCAUUCGCUCACCGACAUUUGGUGGAGCGUCUGUGACGAUUCCUCACAAGCUGACUAUCAUGGAGGCGCUCGACGAGCUCUCUCCAGCCGCUAAGCUCAUCGGUGCUGUGAACACUGUCAUUCCAGUAGAGCAGGCUGACGGGAAAACGAUCCUCCUUGGGGAUAAUACCGACUGGCAGGGAAUCAGAAAUUCCGUACUUUCUCGUUCUGCAUGCCGCUGGACCGCGCAAGAUACUGGCUUGAUCAUUGGCGCCGGUGGCACGGCUCGCGCGGCGGUGUAUGCGCUCAAUCAGCUGGGAGUCGGUCGCAUUCUGCUUUGGAACAGAACAUAUUCCUCUGCUACCCAGCUUGCCUCCAGCUUCCCCGUAGAGUACAACAUCACGGCCCUCACGGACCUCUCCGACAUAUCCAAUGUUCCACCUUCUAUCAUCAUCGGGACGGUUCCCGCUUCUGCAGUGACAGAAGGUGGAGUCAAGCUGGCGCCGGAGAUGUUUGGAUGUCGACAGGGUGGCGUGGUAGUGGAGAUGGCGUAUCGUCCGAAAGUCACACCUUUACUCGAACUUGCGAGCAAGGCAUCCUCCAAAUGGACCCAGGUAUAUGGUGUCGACGUGCUUCUGGAGCAAGGUCUCCGGCAGUUUGAGCUCUGGACAACCCUUCGGGCUCCCCGACGAGCAAUCACACAGAGUGUGACCGACUUCUAUAACGCUGUAUAG